GCAUCUUGCGAAACGUAAAUCGCGAGAUGAAAAUGCGCGAACGAAUGACAGCUGUAGAGUUGUCCUUGAACGCGCUUCAUGCACUUCAGGCGCCCAGUUCCAGCAACGCGUGCCCAUUUCCAUUAUCAAUGGAUACUAUGGCGCAACUGUCAUUUUUAAACAAUGCACUGGAGAACGCUGAAUUCAUGCAGAGCGUG